UAAUAUUUGACUCCUUAAAGCUCCAGCCAUUCAAAACCCUUCAUAUGUCAUGUCAAUAAAGCUAAUUGAAAUUUGAAUAGAGGGAGAGGGAGAGGUGUGGAUCAGGAGGGGAGGUGUGUAUUUCUCUGCUGAGCCUCGUUGAAUCCACAAAGAUCCGUCACAACACUGAGACACCCGGACCUCCCGCUGCCGCCGCUGCUUAUGGAUAAACUGCUUGUCAGCGGCCACCAGAAGAAGAAAAAAGUUCGCGGAGUUUUUUUAAUUAAAAAGCAGCUGCGGACAUGAAGUUUUCCGGAGGAGGAGCUGCGCUGCUGCUGCUGCUGCUCGGCCGCUGCUGCUGCACCAUUCCCGGCAGGAGAGUGUGCCAGGGAAUGAGUAACCAGCUGACAUUGUUGGGGACUCGUGAAAAUCACUAUGACAACAUGGUGAGGAUGUACUCCAACUGCUCCGUCGUCUUGGAGAACCUGGAGGUCACCUACAUUCUGGAGCACCAGGACCUGUCCUUCCUCCAGUCCAUCCAGGAAGUGGGCGGUUAUGUUCUGAUUGCCAUGAACGAGGCUGCAAACAUCCCAUUGGUCAAUCUAAGGCUGAUCCGAGGUCAAAACCUCUACGAAGGCCAGUACGCCCUGCUGGUGAUGUCCAACUACAACAGGAGCCUCUCGUCUGCAACUCUCAACUACACCAGCGGGCUGAGACAACUGCAGCUCAGCAGUCUGAGGGAGAUUCUGAAAGGAGGGGUAAAAAUGACCCACAACCCCCUGCUGUGUAACAUUGAGACCAUCCAGUGGUGGGACAUACUGGACAAAGCCAGCAAUCCCAGCAUGCUUUUUAAGAUGGACACCUUUGCCCGUAAAUGUGACAAGUGUGAUCCAGGGUGUGUUAACGGUUCCUGUUGGGCAGCAGGACUGGAUCACUGCCAGAAAUUCACCAAGUUGCAAUGUGCGGAGCAGUGCAGCAGAAGGUGUCGGGGUCCAAAACCCAGCGACUGCUGUAAUGAACACUGUGCUGCCGGCUGCACUGGACCUCGAGCCACCGACUGCCUGGCCUGCAGGGAUUUUAAUGAUGAUGGAACCUGUAAAGAUGCUUGUCCUCCUCUGACACGCUACAACCCCAAAACUCACCACGUGGACAAGAACCCCAAUGCCAAGUUCACCUAUGGAGCAACCUGCGUCAAGGCCUGCCCACAUAACUACGUGGUGACAGGUGGAUCGUGUGUUCGCACCUGCAGCCCUGGAACAUAUGAGGUGAAGGAGAACGGAGUGCAACGCUGCAAAGCUUGUGACGGACCCUGUCCUAAAGCCUGUGACGGAGUCGGGGUUGGUGCUCUUGUUAACACCAUGGCCGUCAACGCCUCCAACAUCGAAUCCUUCAGGAACUGCACUAAGAUCAAUGGGGACGUCUCCCUGAUAGAAACCUCCUUUAAUGGGGACGCGCACUACAAAAUCCCGCCCAUGGACCCGGCUAAGCUGGAGUACUUCAGGACAGUGAAGGAAAUCACAGGUUUCCUGCUGAUCCAGUCCUGGCCAGAGAAUCUGACCUCUCUGUCAGUGUUUGAGAACCUGGAAAUCAUCAGAGGAAGAACAACAAGAGCUCAGCACAGUUUAGCUGUGGUGAGGGCGAAGCACCUCCGCUGGCUGGGUCUGCGCUCUCUAAAGGAGGUGAGCGCUGGGAGGGUGAUGGUGAAGGACAACCAUCAGCUCUGCUACACCCAUCCCAACAAGUGGACCCGCUUCUUCAGAUCCAAAGAUCAGAUCAUCAGCAUGCGCAACAACGCUCCCCCAGACGUCUGUGAACAACAGAGUCAAACCUGUGACACGGAGUGUACAGAUGAGGGCUGCUGGGGUCCAGGUCCCACCAUGUGCGUCUCCUGUCGACACUUCAACCGUGGGGGGCGCUGUGUGGCGCACUGUAACCUGCUGCAGGGUGAGCCCAGAGAGGUUGAGGUGAACACCAGCUGUGUCCAGUGUCACCGGGAAUGUCUGCUGAAGAACGGGAACCCGACCUGCCUAGGGCCGGGUCCAGACCAGUGUUCCCAGUGCGCCCAUUUUAAAGACGGUCCCCACUGUGUGCCGCGCUGCCCCCACGGUGUGCUGGGAGAUGGAGACACGCUCAUCUGGAAAUACCCCGACAUGACGCGCCAGUGCCAGCCCUGCCACCUCAACUGCACCCAGGGGUGUUCAGGUCCAGGACUGUCUGGAUGCAAAGGUGCUACCGCCCACUCCACGCUGGCGGUUGCCGUGGUUGGUGGGCUCUUGGUUGCUGUAAUUCUGUCGCUGAUUAUCUUUGUGUUGCUACGGCGACGACGAAUCAGGAGGAAGAGGACUCUGCGCCGCCUGCUGCAGGAGAGAGAGCUGGUGGAGCCGUUGACUCCUAGUGGUGAAGCUCCUAACCAAGCGCUGCUGAGGAUCCUGAAGGAGACAGAGUUUAAGAAGAUCCGGGUGCUUGGCUCUGGGGCCUUCGGAACCGUCUUCAAAGGUCUGUGGAUCCCUGAUGGAGAAAAUGUGAAGAUCCCAGUAGCCAUCAAAGUUCUCAGAGAGGCCACGUCACCUAAAGCCAACCAAGAAAUCCUGGAUGAAGCGUAUGUGAUGGCGAGCGUAGAUCAUCCUCACGUGUGUCGUCUGCUGGGAAUCUGCCUGACGUCGUCGGUCCAGCUGGUGACUCAGCUGAUGCCGUACGGCUGCUUGCUAGACUACGUCCGACACCACAGAGACCAUGUUGGAGCCCAGUGGCUGCUGAACUGGUGUGUCCAGAUCGCCAAGGGGAUGAACUACCUGGAGGAGCGUCACCUGGUGCAUAGAGACCUGGCAGCAAGGAACGUCCUGGUGAAAACUCCUAACCACGUCAAAAUCACCGACUUCGGCCUCGCCAAGCUGCUGACGGCUAACGAAAAGGAAUACCACGCCGACGGAGGAAAGGUUCCCAUAAAGUGGAUGGCAUUAGAAUCGAUCCUUCAGUGGACCUACACACAUCAGAGUGACGUCUGGAGUUACGGUGUGACAGUGUGGGAGCUGAUGACGUUCGGUUCAAAGCCAUAUGACGGCAUCCCGGCCAGCGAGAUCUCCUCAGUGCUGGAGAGAGGAGACCGGCUGCCUCAGCCCCCCAUUUGCACGAUUGACGUCUACAUGAUCAUGGUCAAAUGUUGGAUGAUUGAUCCGUCUAGUCGUCCCAAGUUCAGAGAGCUGAUAGUAGAGUUCUCUAAAAUGGCCAGAGACCCUUCCAGAUACCUGGUCAUACAGGGUGACCUCCCCAGUCCAUCAGACAGCAGGUUUUACUCUCGCCUUCUGAGCUCUGACGACAUGGAGGACGUUGUUGACGCCGAUGAAUACCUGCUACCUUACAAGGGACUUGGUAACCAUGACAACCGUCCCUGCAACCCCACGAACGGUCAUCCAGUCAGAGAAAACAGCAUCGUUCUGCGUUACAUCACCGAUCCGACUCACAACAUGCUGGAUAAAGAAGACUUCACUGGCCACGAGUACAUGAACCAGAGUUUGAGUGAAACCAGUCGGAGCAGCCGGCUGUCGGAGGUUUUAAAUCCCAACUAUGAGGACCUGAGCCUGGGCUGGGGCGCCACCUCACUCCACUACCCACAAGAGGAUCUUAAAUGCCCUGCACAAGUUUCUGGGGGACCAGAAUACCUGAACACCGCCCAAAGCUCGCUACCCCUGGCUGUCUGCGACAGCCUCGACAACCCGGACUACCAGGCAGACUUCCUGCCCCAGGCCACACCCACCACCACUUUACCCGGGAGCAGUUUGUUCCUCCCAGCAGCAGAGAACCUAGAAUACUUGGGUUUAGGUGCUGCACUGCACGCCCCCGUCCGUUAGAGUGUUUAAUUUAGCUGCUUUUAAUGUACAUUUUUUUAGGAAACGCCGACUGAGCAGCAGAAUCACAUAGAGUUGCUUGGUCUGCAGCUACACUGGAACAGAACCUGCAUACUGAGUGUUGCUCAACGGCAACACUCAGGAGAGCCAGACUUUUUCCCCGGGAUUCAAGCCAACAACCUUCUGGUCACAAACUGGAUGUUUCCUUGAACUUUUAACUGGUUGCAUUAUUUGUUUGAUGUCACAAAACUGCCGUUGAGUUCAGUUCUUUCAGAACAGGAAGGGGAAUCCAUCUUAAUAUACCAGUGAGCCCCUUUAACCUUCUUGGCCUAGAUCUGCUGCAGGAAGAUCUGGGACUUAAGCAACACGAUGGAUUCCUCUGCACAAAUUAAACUUCCAUAUUUAAUUUUCAGUUUGACAUCCAAUUCAGCCUUCCUCUGCAUCCUUCCUCUGUCAGCAUUCACAGGGAUUGUGAUCGUUAUGGAAGUAAAAUGAGGACUUUAACAUUGAAAAUACAUAAAACAACAUUUUCAAAUGUGCACAGAGGUUUGAAAAUGUGCAGAAGUGGGUUACAACCAACAAAGGAGAAAAGAUUGGAGAUGUUUUCUUGUGAUUUGCAUUUUGUAAUUAUGAGAAAAGUAUCACAAAAAUGAAUUAAUUACAUGUGAUCAUGUAGUAGUGCACAGGAUAGAUCCUUUGCUCCAUCAGGUAUCACCAGGCACAAUGGCGCUCCCAGCUGGCUCUGCAGUGCACCACAGGCUGGAGGAUGAGUUAGAUACCAAAUUAUUUCAGUUAAACAAAAAAUGUUGUAUUAUAGCAAAAUAUCUUGUUAAAUCAUGAAAGGAGCAAUACGCUGCCAUACCAUACAUCUUAAGAGAGUCUCAGCUGUUGAGUCUUCUUCUCUAGAUCUUCUAAAUAGUCAGACGGUCCAUGAGAAAUGCUAAAUUGAAGGUGGAGUGACUCCAAAAAAACAGUGCAGAGAAUCUACAAAAUGCCAUCAAAAAGUCCUGUUCACAAAGACACUGCAGAGGAGAUUAUUGUCUUUUAUUUAUCAGCAGAUGCUCCAAAUGUAAAGUGUGUAGUCUGAUAUCAGUCACAUUUAUUACACUGUAGUCUGCUGCUACACAAGAAUCCUGCUGAUGCUUAAAUAUCUCUUUUUUUAAUGCUUUGGACAUUUUUAAAGAUUGUGUUCAGCUUGAUUUUGUUUUAUUUGGAUUCCUGAUGUUCUGUUACACAGAGAUGGCCGGAGUUUGUGGUUUGUUGUGUACAUAGAAGAAGAAGGAAGCGAGUUUCCAUCCACUGACCAAGGACUUUUUGGAUGGAAGAACAGUGUUUCUGUCAGACACAUGCACUCUGUAAAAAAAGUUAUAUUUGUGAUUAAGUGGAGAAUGAAUAAUGUGCUUAAAAGAAA